GAAGAGAAGAAGUUCUGCAGAAAUGUCGAAGAUUGAGAAAAUGAGUAUCCUCGGAGUGAGGAGUUUUGGGGUAGAGGAUAAAGACAAACAAAUUAUCACUUUCUUUAAUCCAUUGACUAUUUUGGUGGGACCAAAUGGUGCAGGAAAAACGACUAUCAUUGAAUGUCUUAAAUACAUAUCCACUGGAGAUUUUCCUCCUGGCACCAAAGGAAACUCAUUUGUUCACGAUCCAAAGGUUGCUAAUGAAACAGAUGUUAGAGCUCAGAUUCGAUUACAGUUUCGAGAUGUAAAUGGAGAGCUCAUAGCUGUCCAGCGAUCCAUGGUCUGUACCCAGAAAGGCAAGAAAACAGAAUUUAAAACACUUGAAGCUGUCAUUACUAGAACAAAGCAUGGUGAGAAGGUCAGUCUGAGUUCCAAGUGUGCAGAAAUUGAUCGAGAGAUGAUCAGCGCCCUUGGUGUUUCCAAAUCGGUGAUUAACAAUGUCAUUUUCUGCCACCAAGAAGAAUCCAACUGGCCAUUAAGUGAAGGGAAGGCCCUGAAACAAAAAUUUGAUGAGAUCUUUUCAGCAACAAGGUAUAUUAAAGCACUCGAAACUCUCCGUCAGGUACGACUGAAACAAAGCUUGAAAGUAAAAGAGUGUCAGACAGAACUGAAAUACCUAAAACAGAAUAAAGAAAAAGCACAGGAAAUCCAGGAUCAUCUUAGCAAUAGAGAGGCUCAGCUGGCUGCUUCUAAGGAGAACGUAAAAUCUAUUGAGAAUCAACUUGAUCCUCUGAAGAGUUCUCUGGCAGCGGUUGAACAGAAUCUCAUAAAAGUAAUGAGGCUAGACAACGACGUGAAAGCCCUGGAGAGCAGGAGGAGGCAGAUGGAGAAAGAUAAUCAAGAUUUGCAACAGAAGAUGGAAAAGGUUUUUCAAGGAACAGAUGAACAACUAAGGGAUAGAUACCAGAACCACCAGAGAACAGUGAAGGAGAAGGAGAAGAGAUUAUCAGACUGUAAGCGUGAAUUAGAUAGAGCCACUAAAGAAUGCCAGAGAUUUAACAGUGAGAAAUCGGAACUACUUAUUGAACGAGGUCGUCUUCAACUGCAAGCAGAUCGUCACCAAGAACACAUCACAACGAGGGAUUCAUUAAUUCAGUCUUUGGCAGCACAGCUGGAAUUAGAUGGUUUUGAGCGAGCACCUUUUAAUGAAAGGCACAUUACCAGUUUUCACAGGUUGUUGAAGGAGAGACAGGAAAGAGAUACAGAAGCUGCAAAUCAUUUGAUGAGAGAAUUUGCACGAAAAGAAGCGAUGAAGCAAAAACAGAUAGAUGAAAUAAGAGACAAGAAAACUGGAUUAGAAAGAACCAUUGACCUGAAAUCAGACAUUCAAAAUAAGAAACAAGUUGAGCUGAAGAAUGUAAAAUAUGAAUUGCAGCAGUUGGAGGGCUUUUCAGACAGAAUUCUGGAGUUGGAUCAGGAGAUUGUCAAGACAGAACAUGAGCUGGAGAAGGCUGAGAGGAACAGCAAUGUAGAAACACUCGAACUGGAAGUACAAACUCUGCAAAAUGAGAAAAUAAACCUGGACAAAGCUCUUAGGAAGUUGGAUCAAGAGAUGGAGCAGUUGAAUCUACAUACCAUGACAAUUACCCAAAUGGAGAUGCUGAAGAAAGACAAAGCAGACAAAGAAGAGCAGAUUAGAAAAGUAAAAUCAAGACAUUCUGAUGAACUGACAUCGCUGUUGGGAUACUUUCCGAAUAAAAACCAACUUGAAGACUGGCUUCAUGGUAAAAAUAGAAAGAUUAAUCAGACAAGGGAUAGUCUUGCUGACCUUAACAAACGACUGGCAUCAGUAGAAUAUCAUAAAACUUAUGUCAGUAAUGAGCUAAGAAGAAAAGAAGAACAAUUGUCCGUUCAUGAAGCAAAACUUUUUGAUGUCUGUGGAAGCCAAGAUUUUGACAGUGAUCUGAACAAACUUCAAGAUGAAAUUGAAAAAAGUUCAAAACAGCGAGCUGUGCUUGCUGGAGCCACUGCAGUUUAUUCGCAGUUCAUUACACAACUGACAGAGGAGAACCAGUCAUGUUGUCCAGUUUGUCAAAGAGUUUUUCAAACAGAGGCCGAACUGCAAGAUGUAAUUAGUGAUCUGCAGUCUAAGCUCCGUCUUGCUCCAGACAAACUGAAGUCAACAGAGUCUGAGCUUAAAAGAAAAGAGAAAAAACGUGAUGAAAUGAUGAGUCUUAAACCACUUAGGCGAACUGUAGUUGAACUCCAAGAUAGGGACAUACCGGACUUGAGGAACAAGAUACAGAAUGCAAACAGGGAUUUAACAGGCCUGAAGGGUGAGAUAGAAGAACAGGAAUCACUCUUGCGGACAGCUUUGUCUGAGGAGGAAGGUGCCAAGGCGCGUUUACAGGAUAUAACACUAAUGGAAAGGUACCAGACUGAUGUUAGGGAUGUUGAACGAAAAAUUGCUCAGCAGGAGGCUAAGCUGCUAGGGGUCGAUUUAAGUAGAACUGUUCUACAAGUAAGCCACGAAAAACAAGAGAAAAAACACUUGUGGGAUACAGUUACUGGUAAAAUUGAGUUAAAUCAAAAACUCAAGCAAGACCAGCAAAAUCAGAUUCAGCAGCUAAAGAGUACAGUUAAUGAGCUUAAAGCAGAGAAGCUUCAGAUUUCCAGCAGCAUGCAGCGUCGUCGACAACUGGAGGAACAAACAGUGGAAUUAACCACUGAGGUUCAGUCCUUAUGCAGAGAGAUCAAGGACGCAAAAGAACAGGUACUUCCUUUGAAUGCAACUUUACAAAAACUGCAGCAGGAGAAGGAGGAUCUAAUGAAUAAAAGGACUGCAAGUAAUAAAGAAACACAAGAGAAGGUAAAUGGCAUAAAAGAGAAAGUUAAGGAUAUAAACAAGUAUGUGAAAGAAAUUGAAAACUAUAUUCAACAAGGAAAAGAAGACUAUAAAAAGCAAAAGGAGUCUGAACUUGAUGAAGUAAAUUCUCAGUUAGCUGCCUGUGAGAAACAGAAGGAAAAGAUAAGUAAAGAGAUGGAAACGAUUCGACAAGAUAUUGACACUCAAAAGAUACAGGAAAGGUGGCUAGAGGAUAAUCUUACUUUGAGGAAACGGAAUGAAGAGCUAAAAGAAGUUGAAGACAAUAUAAAACAACUUGUGAAGGAGAUGGGAGAAAUGAAAGUCCCGCAAAUGAAAAAUGAACAAAAACAUUUAGAGGAGAAAAUAGAAUCUCUGAAAAGAAACCAUCAUGUUGCACUUGGCCGACAACGUGGAUUUGAGGAAGAGAUUGUUCGGUUUAAAAAGGAACUUCGAGAGUCACAAUUCAGAGAUGCAGAGGAGAAAUACAGGGAGAUGAUGAUUGUUAUGAGAACAACAGAGCUAGUGAACAAAGACCUGGAUCUUUAUUACAAGGCUCUUGAUAAAGCAAUAAUGACAUUUCAUAGCAUGAAGAUGGAAGAAAUCAACAAAAUAAUCCGUGACCUUUGGCGAAGCACCUACAGAGGACAAGAUAUUGAAUAUAUAGAAAUUCGUUCUGAUGCAGAUGAGAAUGUCUCAGCCUCUGAUAAAAGAAGAAGUUACAAUUAUAGAGUAGUAAUGAUAAAGGGAGAUACAGCACUGGAUAUGCGAGGAAGAUGUAGUGCUGGGCAAAAGGUGCUUGCUUCUCUUAUUAUUCGUCUUGCUCUGGCAGAAACAUUCUGUCUCAACUGUGGCAUAUUGGCACUAGAUGAGCCUACUACCAAUCUUGAUCGAGAAAACAUAGAGUCUCUUGCACAUGCCCUGGUGGAGAUAAUAAAAAGCCGCUCCCAACAGCGUAACUUUCAGCUUCUGGUGAUAACUCACGAUGAAGAUUUUGUUGAACUUCUGGGCCGUUCUGAAUAUGUGGAAACGUUCUAUAGGAUAAAGAAGAACAUUGACCAGUGCUCUGAGAUCAUGAAAUGCAGUGUCAGCUCCCUAGGCUCAUACGUUCAUUAGUAUUUCAAGUAAUUACGUGUUAUAGACUGGCUUAGCUGCCUAACUUCAUAGAGCUCAAAUGAAGGCAUCUGAAAAUAGAGUUCCUUCAUAUCAUAUGCUAGUGAAGAUUUCUAACAAUUUUAGCUCGAGUCUGAAACUAUUAGACUUUUAAACUUCGUAUCUUUCUACAUAUUUCUGUGCCCGGGUUUAAGAAUCGCCAUGAUUUGGAAGAAUUUAAAUGAAUACAAUGCAGUUAACUUUUAGAUGUAUUUUACGCUUUAAAAGUGAAAAUAAAGUCGUGAUGUUCUUUGCGUAUGCCCUGGCAGGGAGAUCCAGGUGCAGAUUCUUUGGAACAGCUGCAGCUCUGUCGAUAGAAUAGGGCUUGCUCUCCAUCUCUGCAUUAUGGCAAGUUCAGGAUUGAUUUGUAUCUCUCUAGUCAAGGCAUGUUCAUAGCUACCCAUCUAGUCUACACAAAAUUCACAAGCUUCAAAGAGAACUUCUACUACUUUCUCUACAAGGCGACAUUACUCUGGCUAUUCAGAGACAAGAAUCUUCACAAAGUAUAACAGCUUUCUUCAGAAUAAAGGAAAGUCCCAUCUCUAACUAGAUGAAUGAGUGAAUGGAUGACAGAAGCAUAUUUUAACCAUAUUCUCUUUGCUUAGCGUCAUCUACCUCUCUGCUGCUUUAAGGUGAUGGCAUUUAUGAGAGUUAUGUCAUAGUCUGAUUCUCCAUGAGAUACAAUCAAGUUCUGUGGAAAAUGUUAUGAAAAUGCCUUAGAGAGUUAAUUUGUGUGGAUGCUGAGCUUCACCUGCACCACUCAGAGUUCUUCCUGAAGCUCUUUUCCUUGGUGCAGCAACACCUGAUGGCCCUGCUGAACACAGGCCAAAGGGAACCUGCCGCUCAGUUAGAAUGACAAGGGAAAGCCAACAGGGAUGGCACGCUUCAAAAUGCAAAGGACCUGAUCAUCACAAGUCCUGAGAUUUCAGACGAGGGUUCCUCAGCAACAUGCCUCGCUGCCUCUGAAGCCACACAAACCCUGAGGGAUGUGAUUUCUGGGUCUCUGUUUCUUCAUAACCAAGUAAGGGGGCACCUCUUCUACCUUGAACUCUAGGUACCGGGUACAAGUCCACAAGCAGAAGCUGGACUUACAACUCUUUAAAUCCUUGCAGACAGCAGUGAUCGGCUGAACCUCCUUUAGCAGACAGCGUAUGACCAAAGCUCAGUUUCAGAGGAAGAAUCUUUAAAACGCCGUGGAAAAAAAAGUUCAUCUCUGUAACAUCAGGACAUUUGUCUUUGGCAAAUAAGGGAAUGAGCCUGCGAACAUUGCACACUGCCUUCCUCACGCUUCAGGAUGCAGGAAUCCCUUUUUCACAAAUUGCCCAGGGAUGAAGCGAGCGAGGACAGGGGUAGGAGUGCGGGCAAACCUGGCAGGUGCAGGCAGGGCCUGGGGCCGGUUAAGCACCACGGACAGAGGCAGCCCCGGCACCCGCCCCGGCGCCCCGAGGCCUUUGCCCACGGGGAGGGUGAAGCGUGGCCCUGCUUGCCCACGGGAGCUGUGCUCUGGCUCCUUCCUGGUUCUGCUGAGCCCCUCACGUUCAAUCAUACCGCCGCCGACACCACCUCCUAAAGGGUCUGGAUGUCUGCACCAAAAAAGACAAAACCCAACAGUACCCCGGGUCUGAUUCUUCGUCUCGAUAGCGAAUGUUCUUCAGCCUUCUACGUGGCCAGAGUUAAGUGGAGUUGGCAGUAGGUGCUCUAAAGGGUAAUACCAGAAACUGAGCACUUGAACUAAGGAUGAUUUCUACCUGAAUUUUCUGAAACUGCAAGUCACUAGAGUCAGGGUGGCCCCAGUCAUCGGGAAACCACUCAAAGAUAAGCGAAUGAAUGGGACUUCCUAGCAAUUACGCUCUUUCACCAAUCCCCUGAAAAAGCAAUUAACACCA